CCUAGGCUUCGGGAAAGCUGGCUCGGCGGGGCUGCCCUCUCUCCAAGGGGGCACACGUAAUGUUCUUGAGUGAGAGAAGCAGUAAAUAGAGGAGGAGGAAGAGGAGAAAGAGAAGGAAGAAAAAGACGUGAUUAAGAAAGAUAUACCAGUUUGGCCUGCCCAGCCUGGGAGGUCAGGAUGCUGCUCCUCUGCCACAUUCUAGCUGUGACCAUCCUUCAGGUCUUGAUCCUCUCAGAGAACUGGGCGUUUGCCAAGAACAUCAACUUCUACAAUGUGAGGCCCCCUCUUGACCCCACACCGUUCCCAAAUAGUUUCAAGUGUUUUACUUGCGAAAAUGCAGGGGAUAAUUAUAAUUGCAAUCGAUGGGCAGAAGACAAGUGGUGUCCACAGGACACACAGUAUUGUCUGACAGUUCAUCACUUCACCAGCCAUGGAAGAAGUACAUCCAUCACUAAAAAGUGUGCCUCUAAAAACGAAUGUCAUUUUGUUGGCUGCCGCCACAGCCGAGACUCGGAACACACGGAGUGCAGGUCUUGCUGCGAAGGAAUGAUCUGCAACGUAGAGUUGCCCACCAACCACACAAAUGCUGUCUUUGCCGUCAUGCAUGCGCAGAGGACAUCUGGCUGCAGUGUCCCCACACCCUACCUCCCGGUGCUGGCGUGGAUCUUCAUGCUUCCCUUGCUAUGAUGUUGCUGUUCCCAGGAGAGGCGAGACCAGCAAUGCAAAAGCACAUCGCAGAAACAGUGGAUGGGUGAACACUGGAGCGGAGUCUUAUCUUGCACUUGAUAAAGAGGAUACGUUGGACCCCAAAGUAGAGGGCAAAGGUUUACUCUGCUGAAAUGCUCCUGCAUGAGUUCACAGCACUGAGCAUGAGGACUUGGUAGGAAACAAGAGGACUACCUAAUGUCCAGUGUCCUGGCCUAGGAGUGCUGCCUCCUGUCAGUUCUGUUGGAGGCUCCAGCAUUGUUCCUGGUCAUAGUAACUUGAUGAGGCCUGAUCAGACCUUCACCUGGAAGGACUUUUUGACCUCAUGGACUCCCUCAGAGGCUGCUGGGUCUGACUCUCUGGUUUCUGUGGUUAGCUCAGAGCAUCUCUGUAAAAUUUAACCCUUCUACCCAUGGGAGAGCUGUUUCUCUACUGUGUUAGCGUCUCAGUAUUGUAACAAGUACCUGAGAUGAUCCAUUUAUGAAGAUUGGACUCAAACUUUGGAGAUCGCAGUACAUAUUGGUUUGGGGCUUGUGUUAAGAGCGUGACACUCCCUCAUAAUAGAAAAUUGAAAAGGAGAGAGGAUUGGAUGGAGAGAUGGCUCAGCAGUUAGGAUCACUGACUGAUCUCCUCGAGGACCCAGGUCUGAUUCUCAGCACUCACACAGCAGCUCACAGCUGUUAACUCCAAUCCCAGAGAAGCCAGUGCCCUCUUCUGGCCUCUGGUAGUACUGCAUACAUGUGGUACAUAGCCAUGCAGGCAAAACGCCCCUAUACGUAUUUCUUUUAAAUAAAGGGAAAGGAAGGAAAAGGAGAGAGAAGUGGGGGGUGGGAGAGAGAAUGUGCACGUAGGAUUCUACAGUACCCUUUAAGAUCAUGUUUCCGAUGUCCUAAGUCUCCCUUCUAGCCCCCAUACCCUAAAGGCUAAACCACCCCCUUAAUGGUACCAAUGGGCUGAGGACCAAAACUUUCACCUUCUCACAGUCAAGAUCCAAACAGCAGUACCCACAAACUACCUAGUCAAUGAAAAAGGCAGCAGUAGGAGGGAAAUUUCCAGUUGGAAUCCUCGGAAUCCAUUUGCCCACUAUGAGGUGGUUGGGGGUGGGGUGUAAAAAUUUGGGUUAUGUAGCACAACGCAUGCUGUGUGUUUCUUGACCAUGUGGAGGCCUCCGAUGAAGCACAUUUACCAGUGUUACUACACCUGUGUUUCCAGGCACCGUGGAUGAUACAUGUUGUCAGAAAGAAUAAAAUUUUAUGCCAGUGU